AUGCCAAGUGCCAGUCAGUUCUUCGAGGCAUUUGUCUCUCACAAGCAGACCAAUGAACCUUCAACGGUGAUAUACAUCGCGGCCACCGUGUCCCUGAUCUGGUAUUUGGUGGUCGCGUUCGUCUGUACUCUUGGAUACAUUCAGCUAUGGCGAUACUAUUCAAAGCCCCUCCCACCACAAAAGGCAUCCGUUGUCAGCAAUGUCACGAUCAUUCGUCCACUCAAAGGGCUCGAGCCACGGUUAUACGACUGCCUUGCCGCAACUUUCCGCCAGGACUAUCCCAAGGAGAGGCUGCACAUCCGUUUCUGUGUCUCUUCAGCGAGUGAUCCAUCCAUCGCCGUCGCUCGUCAACUUCUGCACGACUUCCCGGGCUUCGACGCCCAACUCCUGGUCGAGAGCGAGGAUGAACUUCUCACCAGCGGCGAUCUGAAACUCGGACCGAAUCCGAAAAUCCGAAACAUGAGUCGGGCAUAUCGUGAGGCACCGGGCAAUAUAAUCUGGAUUAUCGACUGUAACGUUUGGGUCGCUCCAGGCGUCUGCUCUCGAAUGGUCGCCAAGCUUGAAGGCACUGGAAAUGGAGCAUCACGUCCCAAUAAAUGCGUCCACCAGCUUCCCAUAGUCGUGGACAUCGAGCGUGCGACAGCUAGCGCAGACAUCCAGGCCCACGACAGCGGUCGUGAUGUGCGACCCACUCACGCCUCAGGAAAACUUUCGCCCGAAAGGACGGCGUUCUCAAUCGGCGGCGGCCGCAUGGAAGAGCUCUUCAUGUCCUCCGCCCACGCCAAAUUCUACACUGCCAUCAAUACCGUUCUCAUUGCACCUUGCAUGGUCGGGAAGAGUACCAUGUUUCGGCGCUCGCAUCUUAACCACUUGACGUCCGGCGCCGGCAUCGACACCUUCAGCCACAAUAUCUGCGAGGAUCAGCUGAUCGGCGACAUGUUGUGGAAGCAAAAGGUGCCGGAGGAGCGCAACGGACAAGCCUGGGGCAAACACGCUUUGUGUUUUGGCGAUCUCGCCAUCCAGCCUAUGGCAAAUAUGAGCCUGGGAGAAUACUGGUCGCGUCGGGUGCGCUGGCUGCGCGUGAGGAAAUUCACCGUUACCCUGGCUACUUUUGUAGAGCCUGGCACGGAGAGCUUACUAUGGAGCGUGUAUGGCGCGUUCGCCAUGACUACGCUACCAUUGUUCCACGACAAGUUCGGGAUCCCACAGACAUGGACUGCAUUUGCGCUCAUUUGGGUUCUGGGCGUGAGUAUUUGGUGUGCGUUGGACAGGAGGCUGUACCUCUUCCUCCACUCGGCAGCCUCGAUCGAUGUAGAUGAGAACACGCCAUUCUUUGCGCGCGGAACGCAGAAUGGCGUGAAGAGACCUUUUCAGCAGUGGUUCUUUGCGUGGCUGGGAAGGGAGGCUUUGGCGUUGCCGGUAUGGACGUGGGCAUUCUGGGGUGGAACGACAGUUGGAUGGAGAGGGAAGCGGUUCCGUGUCGGGAUGGAUAUGAAGGUUCACGAGAUCACGGAUCAUAAUACGAAAAGCGAAUAA